UCAGAGGAUUUCUGUGUGAUUUUCUUGCUUGUUUUAGCAAUUAAUGGAGAUGGCGUCCGCCGCCGCGACGCUGCUCUACGCCGCGCUGUUCGCGGCGGCGCUGCUGUACCUCGCCGUCGCGGUCCGGCGUGGACGCGGCGCCGGCCUGCCGCCGGGUCCGAUGGGGCUGCCGCUCGUCGGCAGCUUGCUGUCCCUCGACCCGGAGCUGCACACCUACUUCGCCGGACUUGCUGCUAGGUACGGGCCCGUCUUCUCCAUCCGCCUCGGCUCCAAGCUCGGCGUCGUCAUCACCUCGCCGGCGCUGGCGCGCGAGGUGCUGCGCGACCACGACCUCGUCUUCGCCAACCGCGACACGCCCGACGCCGCGCGCUCCAUCUCCUACGGCGGCGGCCAGAACAUCGUGUGGAACCCGGUCGGCCCGACGUGGCGCCUGCUCCGCCGCAUCUGCGUCCACGAGAUGCUCAGCCCCGCCGGCCUCGACAACGUGCACGGUCUCCGCCGCCGCGAGUUCAGGGCCACGCUCCGCCACCUGCACGCCCAGGCCGGCAAGCCCGUCGACGUCGGCGCGCAGAUGUUCCUCACCGUGAUGAACGUGGUGACCAGCACGCUGUGGGGUAGCAACGUCGGCAGCGAGAGCGAGCGGACGGCGGUGGGGAAGGAGUUCCGGGAUCUCGUCGCCGACAUGACCGAGAUGCUCGGCGCGCCCAACGUGUCCGACUUCUUCCCGGCGCUCGCGCCGUUCGACCUGCAGGGUAUCCGCAAGAAGUCGGACCAGCUCAAGGACAGGUUCGACGAUAUCUUCGCCAGGAUCAUACAGCAGAGGAUCAAGUCCGACCAGACCGCCGGCGGCGAGACGGUGGCGGACUUCCUCGAGUACAUGCUCAAGGUGGAGAAGGAAGGCGGCGACGGGAAGACCUCCUUCACCAUGACCAACGUCAAGGCCCUGCUCAUGGACAUGGUGGUCGGGGGGACGGAGACGACGUCGAACACCGUGGAGUGGGCCAUGGCGGAGAUGCUGCAGAACCGGCGGACGCUGCGCAAGGUGCAGGAGGAGCUGGACGCGGUGGUGGGGCGGGACGGCGUGGUGGAGGAGUCCCACCUCCCCCAGCUGCACUACCUGCAUCUGGUGCUCAAGGAGACGCUCCGGCUGCACCCAGCGCUGCCGCUGAUGGUGCCGCACUGCCCCAGCGAGGACGCGACGGUGGGCGGCCACCGCGUCCCGGCGGGCAGCCGCGUGUUCGUCAACGUGUGGGCGAUCCAGAGGGACCCGGCGGCGUGGAAGGACCCGGAACAAUUCAUCCCGGAGAGGUUCUUGCAGGCGGGCGGCGGGCGUAGGCUGGACUUCACCGGCAGGGAGCAGGACUACAUGCCGUUCGGGUCCGGGAGGAGGAUCUGCGCGGGCAUCUCCAUGGCGGAGCGGAUGGCGACCUACUCGCUGGCGAUGCUGGUGCAGGCGUUCGACUGGGAGCUGCCGGCCGGCGAGCGGCUGGAGCUGGCCGAGAGGUUCAGCAUCGUGAUGAAGAAGGCGACGCCGCUGGUGGCCGUGCCGACGCCGAGGCUGUCCAAGCAUGAGCUCUACGCUUAGACGCCGAGAGGUUUACUUCACUUGCGUUCUUCUCUGUUCAUCAACAUCACCAUACUUGAUACUUGCCAUGCUUCUAUCUAUCCAUCUAUCUAUACACCACACGUAUUUCAGCCAAAUAUGUCUGAAAAGGCAAUGAUAUGUAAAUCUUUUGCAGAUAUGAACAGAUAUAAAAUAUGUGUACCCAGUGUCCGCACUGUUCUUGCCUGUGUACUAGAUCUUUUGAUGUUUGAAGAACACAUCUGAAUAAUAAUGAAGAAAGUGGAAUAAAGGAAAUUCAGGUCGACCAAAGACUGGUGAGAAAGAAUGACGCAGAGAUGAGUAUGACGACUCAUGAGAGAAAACGUGACAGAUUUUUUUGGAAGAACUCAAGACAGCACUCAUAACACACCUAGGUGGUAGCUGGCUUGAACCCUAUUACCCACGUUAUAAUUUAUUUUAGUUUUAUUU